AUGGUGCUUGACUACAGCAAAUGGGAUGCACUGGAGCUGUCUGAUGACUCCGACAUUGAAGUGCACCCGAAUGUCGACAAGCGUUCUUUUAUCCGGGCCAAACAAGCCCAAAUUCAUCAACAACGUGCCCAACGCCGCCAUGAGAUUGAGACUUUGAAGUACGAGCAUAUUGUCAAUAACGGGCUCCUUGCACGAAUCGACAAGCUCCUUACGGCCCUGAAGGAGAAUGAAGGAUCCAAGUCCGUCGAGGAAGUGAUCUUCCAGAAUCUUAUGGAGUUUGCAGGCAACCCAUCGGAGGACCAUCCUCCCGCAGCCCCGGCGGGAGUCCAUACUCAGGAGAAGGAACAACCUAAGUACUCACAGAUGAUGAGCGCUCUGGUUGACCAGGUGAAGAAUGAGAUGGGUGAUGUCAGUUCCGGGAAUCUCUAUCAGGAAUACAUCAAGGGUGUUCAGAGGCACAACGACAAGGUGCAGGGCUUACAGAAGGAGCUUCUUCAAAGACUUGCCCAGCUUGAGAAGGAAGAAGGCAGCAAAAUUACUAGCGAGGGGUUGCACGAGGGCUUCAACACUUCCCAUAUCGCCAAGCCUGGCGAGGCCAAGGGCCAAAAGACAGAGACAGUCGAGCUUCUGAACCCUGGAGCAUCAACGGCGGGCUCGUCCCAGUCAGCUGCUGCCCCACAAGCUGAUGACGAUGACGAAGAGGAGGAUCCGGAGAACAUCAAGGCCAGUGAACUUGCCAAGCGGUUUGCGAAAAUCAACCGCAACGAUUACCGUGCUUUGCUUCAGUUCAUCUCUGAGAACCCACAGAUUGUUGCUGAGAAAGAAACGGAUGGUCUAUUGGUUGAAGCUUUCAACAGCCAAAUGGAGGGCAAGGAGGACUACGCCCGCACCUGCGUUCACCAAGGCUUGUUGUUGCAGUACUGCCGCUCCCUGGGUCGCGACGGUAUCUCGCUUUUCUUCAAACGUAUCACCACCGCAGAACACCAAGCUGGAACACUCUUCCGAAACGACGUCAACGAAACUUACCACAAAAUCAAGACCCGCGCUGCGGAGCUGGCCAAAGACGGCUCUGCUUCUAACGACCCCGCUGGAGUGGAACAGAUUCAGCUGCAUGCAGUGGACCCGAAUACAAAGAUUACUAUCAACAUACCCUCUGCUGAGGGCGAUGACCCUGUUGAGGUUGAGGCGCGCAAGGUGUACGAAUCCUUCUCCAAGGACCUACAGACGGCCUUGGCGUCGGAGUCCUUGGAUGAGGUCAACAAGGUGCUCGGUAAGAUGAGCGUCGAAGAAGCCGAAGAUGUCGUUGAGAAGCUAGGACAGAGCGGCAUGCUGAGCCUGGAAGAAGGCAUUGUUGACGCGACCACAGAGGAAGGAAGGAAGAAGUUGGAAGAAAUUGAGGCAGAGAAUAAGAGGGAAAGAGAGGAACAGGAAGUAGGUGAACCGGGAGGUGAUAUCACCGAGCUUGAUUGA